UUCCUUCCAGGAGCUCAGAGACCGAAGCCAAGCCUGUCAUGUUACAGGCAAGGAAACCGAGUCUCCAACAGCAGAAGUGACUUAUCCAAGGUCACACAGAACUUGAACCCAGUUCUUCUGAUCUUACAUCCAGAGGUCUUUCCAUUGCAACAUGACUUUGUUAUCUUAGUACCUGAUUGGCAUCAUUUCCCAUCAGUUAAUAAUCAUUUAUUAAGUACCUACUGUAUGCUCAGCACCAUGCCACAUGCUGUGGAUACCCUCGAGCUCACAGUCUAGUGGGAGAGAAAGCUGGCGAGACCACUGUCCUUGGACCUCUAGUGCUGAGCACAGUGCCUGGCACACAGUGGGUGCAUAAUAAAUGUUUGUUGACUGAUUCAGGACAGAGAGCCUUCCCAGCAUGGGACAGUCACGUCACGGACUGGAGAAACAACCUGGAGGCCCGAGCGUUGGGUCCUAGAGCCCCUGGGGAGGAGCCAGUUUCAGAUGUCUACUGGACGUCCAGGUCAAGAUGUCUGAAGGGCAGUUGGCACUGGGAGAUUGAAGCUCUGCCUUCUCCCCAACAAAGGACCCGCAAAGAGGCAACAAUGACUUCGGGGCUCCUUUCAGCCAUGCCUCAGGCAGCACUGACGUUCAGGGACGUGGCCGUGGACUUCACCCGGGAGGAGUGGAAACGCCUGAGCUCAGCCCAGAGGGACCUGUACAGGGACGUGAUGCUGGAGAACUAUGAGAACCUGGUCUCUGUGGGACUUCCCGUUUCUAAACCCGAGGUGAUCUGCCGCCUCGAGAGGGGAGAAACCCCCUGGCUGCCCCGGCGAGGAGCCUCCAGGGCCACUUGUCCAGGUUCCCAUAGUCAGGAGACUAACUGUGACAGCAACAACUUGCCUUCCAAGCAGGACGUUGUUAUAGGAGCACCUUCUAAGGAAAGACUGGCAAAGAAUUGGUAUUCCAAGGUGGGAGAAACUUGGGAGGGUGCUGUCAGGUUAGGGAGACAGCAGUGCAGCCCGGAGGGACGCUCCAAACAAGUAACGGGCACAAAUGGAAAGCCAUUUAACAAGGCAAGCGUUCCUGAAGGUGAUACGUUUGGAAGAAGUUUGAAUCUGGAGUCCGUCUUUGUUACUCUGCAGAGAACUCCUACAGAAAAAAGUGUCCAAAAUCAUACAGUUGCAAAGAGCAUGAAACAGUUUUCAGAACUAUUUAAAUGUAGUAGAAUCCCCCUUGGGAAGAUGCUUUGUAAGUAUAAUAAAUGUGUAAAGUCCUUCAGUUAUCACUCUGAUCUCAUUCAGUUUCGUAGACAGCAUACUGGAGAAAAGCUGUAUGAACGUAAUGAACAUGGGAAAGCCUUCAGCAAAAGACCAUACCGUACUCAACGUAAGAAAAUUCGUAAUCGAGAGAAACGUUAUAUAUGUAACGAAUGUGGAAAAGCCUUUAGUCAGUGGGGAAGCCUUAUUGAUCAUCUGAGAAUCCAUACCGGAGAGAAACCUUUUCAGUGUAAUGAAUGUAAGAAAACCUUCAGCCAGAGGGGAACCCUUAUCAGGCAUCAUAGAAUUCACACUGGAGAAAAGCCCUUUGAAUGUAAUGAAUGUGGGAAAGCCUUUGGCAACAAUUCCUGUCUUACGCUGCAUCAGAGAAUUCAUACUGGAGAGAAACCUUAUAUAUGCAAUGAAUGUGGGAAAGCCUUUAGUGGGCGGCAAAACAUGAUCCAUCAUCAGAGAAUUCAUACAGGAAAGAAACCAUAUCAGUGUAAAGAAUGUGGGAAAGCCUUUCGACACAGGGCAUCCUUUGUGUGUCAUCAGAGAAUGCAUACCGGGGAAAAACCUUUUCACUGCAAUGAAUGUGGGAAAGCAUUUAGACGGAAGGAAAACCUUACUGCACACAGGAGAAUUCAUACUGGAGAGAAACCCUUUGAAUGUAAUGAAUGUGGGAAAACUUUCAGCAACAAUUCUUGCCUUACUUUACAUCAGAGAAUUCAUACUGGAGAGAAACCCUACAAAUGUAAUGACUGUGGAAAAGACUUUAGGCAUAGAGCAUCCUUUACCUAUCAUCAAAGAGUUCAUUCUGGAAAUAAACCAUAUAACUGUAAGGAAUGUGGCAAAGCUUUCAGUCAAAGAGCUAAUCUUAUUGAACAUAUGAGAAUUCAUACUGGAGAAAAACCUUUUGAAUGUUACCAGUGUGGAAAAGCCUUCAUCAAUAAUGCACGACUUACAGUACAUCAGAGAUUUCAUACUGGAGUGAAACCUCAUGAAUGUAAUGAAUGUGGUAAAGCUUUCAUGCACAAGGCAAGCCUCACAGCACAUCAGAGAAUUCAUACUGGAGAGAAACCCUAUAAAUGUAGUGAAUGUGGGAGAGCCUUCAACCAGAGUGCACAUCUUAUGAGGCAUCAGAGAAUUCAUACUGGAGAGAAACCUCGCAAGCCUAAUGAAAAUAAGAAGACAGCCAACCAGUUGGGAAUCCUUAGUGCAAAUGAGUCAGCAAAUACUAGAGAGAAUCUUUAUCAUUGUGAUGAAUGUGGGAAAGGUUUUAGGCAGAAAUCAUACCUUUCUCUCCAUCAGAGAAUUCACACCGGAGAAAAACCUUAUCAUUGUAAUGAAUGUGGAAAAGCCUUCAUUGGGAGGGGACAGCUCAAUACACAUAAAAGAAUUCACACUGGAGAGAAACCCUUUGAGUGCAGUGACUGUGGGAAGGCCUUCAGCCGAAAGGAACACCUUACCGCCCAUGAGAGAACUCACACCGGAGAGAAACCCUAUCAGUGUAAAGAAUGUGGAAAGACAUUUAGCCAGAACUCACACCUUACAGUACAUCAGAAAACUCACACUGGAGAGAAACCAUUUUUGUGUAAUGAUUGUGGAAAAGGAUUUAGCUACAGGACCUCCCUUAUUUCACAUCAGAGAAUUCAUACUGGAGAGAAGCCCUUUGAGUGUAGUGUAUGUGGUAAAAACUUUAGUCAUAGACCAUCACUUAUUAAACAUCAAAUAAUUCAUACUGGAGAGAAACCUUUUGAAUGUCUUAAAUGUGGGAAAAGCUUUACUCACAGGUCAUCAUUUAUUAAACAUCAAAGAGUUCAUAAUGGAGAGAAAGCCUGCUAGUAAAAUGAAUGAACAAAAGCCUUUAACCAGAGGGGAAAGCUUAGAAGGGAUUAAUGCUGAAGAAUAAGCCUUUGAUUAUUGAAUGUGAAAGCUUUUGUCAUGGUUCUUGAUUAACUUGUUUUCAGAGACCUGAAAGUUGGAGGCGGCCUGAUGUGAGUACUGGACUUGGAGUCAGGAAGACUUCAAUUCAGAUCUUCUCUCUUGACACUUUCUAGCCAUGUGACCCUGAGCAAAUCAAAAUCUCUUUGGGCCCAGUUUCCAAAUCUGUCAAAUGGAGAUGAUCGCACCUACCUCACUAGAUUGUUGUGAGGAUAAAAUGAGAUAACGUACUUAAAGCACUUUGCAAUCUUUAGAGCGCUAUAUAACCGAGCUGUUAUUUUUUAUCCCUGGUGAUAAACUGCAGAAAAGCCUAGACUGUGGGAGAGCCUUUUUCCCAAGGUGAUAUCCUACUGUACGUCAGAGAAUUUAUACUGGUGAAAAAAAAUUCCCUAAGUUUACCAAAUGAGGUAAAGUCUUUUUUUUUUAAUUAAAGUUUUAUUUUUUUAAUUAACAGAAAUCUGUUUUCUUUCCCUCUCAUACCCCUCGCUUCAUCAGGGGGAAAAAAAAGUUCCUUGAAACAGAUAUGCAAAAUCAAACCAAACAGAUUCCCUCAUCGAUUGUGUUAAAAAAUAAAUGUCUCCUUCUGCACCCUGAAUCCAUUCCCUCUCUGAUACAACGUGGAUAGCAUGCUUCAUCAUUAGUCUACUGCAAUCAUGGGUAGUCCUUGGAUUGAUCAUAGUUCUUACUGCUUUCAAAAUUGUCUCUGCAGUAUUGUUAUAUAAAUUUGUCCUAGUUUUCCUUGUUUCAUUCUUCAUCACUUU